UGUUUUCAUACAAGCACGUGUGAAUACACCGUUUCAGUCCACGUCCAACAUGGCCACGGCUUCUUGUAACUUCGACGAGCUCCUCGCCCAAGCGAAGCGCGACGAAGCGGAGAAGCUUCGCAGCAUUACCGUGUACAAAGAGCUAGAGCUGGACUUCGACCUGGGCAACCUGCUGGCCUACGACAAGAACCCCGUGGAGCAGCGCGACUUAACCGGGAAGAAAGCGUCCGACUUUCUCCGCUCGCUGGCCCGCGACAACACGCAACUACUCGUCAACGAGCUGUGGAAGCUCCCCACGGAGAGGAUCCAAGAGGUCGUGGUGGCCAAACUACCCGAACCGACGACCCCCUUGCCUCGGGAGAAGCCGCCGCCUAAGACCCGGCCUCCGACCAAGUGGGAGCAGUUUGCGAAGCUUAAGGGCAUCCAGAAGAAGAAGAAGACCAACUUGGUGUGGGACGAGACAGCUAAAGAGUGGCAGAGGCGGUGGGGAUACAAGCGAGCCAAGGAUGACACCAAGGAAUGGCUCAUCGAGGUUCCGCAGACCGCCGACCCGAAUGAAGACCAGUUUGCCAAGCGCGUCACCGCCAAGAAGGAGCGUGUGGCCAAGAAUGAGCUGAACCGUCUGCGGAACAUUGCCCGGGCGCAGAAGAUCAAGGUCCCUGGCGCGGGUUUGACUCCCGUGGCCAAGCAGUCCAAAGAGGAGCUAGUCCGAGCGGCCAUCGUGGCGCGGACAUCCACAGCUUCCGUGGGGAAGUUCCAGGAGAAGCUUCCCAAGGAGAAACUGGCCAAGGGCGCCGGCAAGAGGCGCAAGUUCCAGCCAGUCGUGGGUGACUUCUCAGUAGAGAAGGACAAGCAGCUGGAGCUCCUUAAGAUGAUGGACAGCAAGAGGCCUAAGCUGGAUGUCACCAAGGCAGUCAACAAGCAGAUGAGGGAGGAGGACCGAGAGGAGGCAGCGGCCAGGAACAGCAAGAGGGGCAAGCAGGCCGGGAGGAAGGGACGCAAGAAUGUGGGGGGCGGCGGCAAGGGGAAAGGUAAGAAGGGCGGUCGCGGAAAACCGGCGGGGGGGCAACCUCAAGGAAGACCUUCAGGAGGAAAGAAGUCCAAACCUGGGAAAUGAUGAAAGAAAACCUACAAGGACUUGUCAAUUAUUACUACAAGCCUGGAAUGUUUCAAGUGUUAUGUUUAUCAGAGUGAAAAUAAAUGUUUUCUACAAAUCC